AAAAAAAAAAAAACCCAAUAUCCCCUGCAACAAUCCCAUAAUAUCAGGGCAGGUGGCACCCUCUCCUUUCCACGCCAUCGCCGGAAUCCCCAAGCAUCCCACACUGAAUUACCAAAACACCCCUAAACAAGUUUAUCUAAAAUGCAAAACACUUUAUGUAAAGGGAGGUUUGUGGCUAAAUUCCAAUCAAUUUCUUCGCCGUUUCUCUCUCCUCCCCUACUCAUAAUUACUCCCGAAAAGCUUACCAGCAGAUCAAGUAGAGAGAGGAAAAGAAACAGCGGAGCAGAGAGAAAGUAUAGUAGGAGUAAGGCGAUGCCUUGUUCUUCGUUUGUGAAUUCUGUUGAAGAAAAUGGGGCGUUGCGAAAUUUCAAGCUGAACGAGUCCACUUUCUUAGCUUCCCUGAUGCCGAAGAGAGAGACUGGUGCCGAUCGGUUCAUCGAAGCUCAUCCGGACUUUGAUGGCCGUGGCGUUGUUAUUGCUAUCUUCGAUUCUGGUGUGGACCCAGCUGCUGCUGGAUUACAAGUAACCUCGGAUGGGAAGCCAAAAAUUCUGGAUGUGCUUGAUUGUACUGGAAGUGGAGAUAUUGAUACCUCAAGUGUGGUGAAGGCCGAUGCCGAUGGUUGUAUUCAGGGAGCCUCAGGAGCUUCUCUGAUUGUUAAUUCUGCCUGGAAGAACCCCUCUGGAGAAUGGCAUGUAGGCUAUAAAUUCGUGUAUGAUUUCUUUACAGACGCCUUGACUUCUCGUUUGAAGAAAGAAAGAAAGAAAACUUGGGACAAGAAAAAUCAGGAAGCAAUAGCUGAAGCUGUAAAGCAGCUUGAUGAAUUGGAGAAGAAACACACAAAAAUCGAGGAUGCAAACUUGAAAAGGGAUCGUGAAGAUCUCCAGAACAGAGUUGAUUUUCUGCGCAAGCAAGCUGAUAGCUAUGAUGAUAAAGGGCCUGUUGUAGAUGCCGUUACCUGGCACGAUGGAGAAUUAUGGAGAGUUGCCCUUGACACACAGAGUCUUGAGGAUGAACCAGGGUGUGGGAAACUUGCUGACUUUGUUCCGUUAACCAAUUACAGGAUUGAACAAAACUUUGGCAUUUUUAGCAAACUAGAUGCUUGUACCUUCGUUGCUAAUGUGUACAAUGAAGGCAACAUUUUAAGUAUCGUAACAGAUAGCUCACCCCAUGGCACUCAUGUUGCUGGUAUUGCUACUGCUUUCCACCCGAAGGAACCUCUGUUGAAUGGAGUUGCACCCGGAGCACAAUUAAUUUCGUGUAAAAUUGGAGACUCACGCUUAGGUUCAAUGGAAACGGGAACAGGCUUGACACGGGCACUGAUAGCUGCUGUGGAGCACAAAUGUGAUCUCAUCAACAUGAGUUAUGGAGAAUCUACCUUGCUGCCAGACUAUGGCCGCUUUGUUGAUCUCGUUAAUGAGGUAGUGAACAAGCACCGCCUGAUUUUUGUCAGUAGUGCCGGCAACAGUGGCCCAGCAUUGAGUACUGUGGGUGCUCCUGGUGGUACCACUUCUAGCAUAAUAGGAGUUGGUGCUUAUGUCUCUCCUGCUAUGGCUUAUGGAGCUCAUUGUGUAGUUGAAGCUCCUUCUGAAGGCCUUGAAUACACUUGGUCUAGCAGAGGGCCAACAGUUGACGGCGAUCUUGGCGUCUGUAUAAGUGCCCCUGGUGGGGCUGUAGCUCCAGUCCCUACUUGGACUCUUCAGCGACGCAUGCUUAUGAAUGGAACAUCGAUGUCAUCUCCAUCUGCUUGUGGAGGAAUCGCAUUGCUCAUUAGUGCCAUGAAGGCUGAGGGCAUUCCUGUUAGUCCAUACAGUGUUCGGAAAGCUCUUGAGAAUACAUCUAUUCCUGUGGGAAGCUUGCCGGAAGAUAAACUAUCCACUGGGCAAGGGCUUAUGCAAGUUGACAAGGCACAUGAAUACAUUCAGAAGUCGCGUGAUUGCCCCUGUGUUUGGUAUCAGAUAAAGAUCAAUCAAGCUGGCAAAUUAACCCCUACAUCACGAGGCAUUUACCUGAGAGAUUCUUGUUCUUGCCGACAAUCAACCGAGUGGACAGUGCAAAUUGAACCGAAGUUCCAUGAAGAUGCAAGCAAUUUGGAUGAACUGGUUCCUUUUGAGGAGUGCAUUCAAUUACACUCUAGUGGAGAGGCAGUGGUGAGAGCUCCUGGAUAUCUCCUUCUCACUCAUAAUGGGCGUAGCUUCAACAUAGUUGUAGAUCCUACGAAUCUUAGUGAUGGUUUACACUAUUAUGAAGUUUAUGGGAUAGACUGCAAAGCGCCGUGGCGUGGUCCUCUCUUCAGAAUUCCAGUUACUAUAACGAAGCCUAAAGCUGUAAAAAAUGGACUCCCACUAAUUUCAUUUUUGGGGAUGUCAUUUCUGCCAGGCCAUAUUGAACGCAGCUUUAUUGAGGUACCAGAUGGUGCUAGUUGGGUUGAGGCAACUAUCCGGACAUCAGGCUUUGAUACAGCUAGAAGAUUCUUCAUUGAUGCUGUUCAGAUAUCUCCGUUGCAAAGGCCUAAGAAGUGGGAAAAUGUUAUUACAUUCUCGUCUCCUUCUGCCAAAAGUUUUGCCUUUCCAGUGGAGGGUGGCAGGACAAUGGAACUCUCAAUAGCUCAAUUUUGGUCCAGUGGCAUAGGAAGUCAUGAAACUACUAUUGUCGAUUUUGAGAUUGGGUUCCAUGGAAUCAGCAUCAACAAAGAGGAAGUGGUACUCGAUGGAAGUGAAGCACCUGUUAGAAUUGAUGCUGAAGCUCUUCUAUCAUCCGAGAAACUUCUCCCUGCUGCAAUACUAAACAAGAUCAGAGUCCCAUAUCGCCCUGUUGAUGCUAAACUGACUGCACUUUCAGCAGACAGAGACAAACUGCCUUCAGGCAAACAGAUACUAGCUUUGACAUUAACUUACAAGUUCAAACUGGAAGAUGCCGCUGAAAUAAAACCUCAAAUUCCCUUACUUAACAACCGUGUCUAUGAUAAUAAAUUUGAGUCUCAAUUUUAUAUGAUAUCAGAUUCAAACAAGCGUGUAUACUCAAUGGGUGAUGUCUAUCCAAAUUCCGCAAAACUUCCUAAGGGAGAGUAUAAUUUACGGCUCUAUUUGAGGCAUGACAAUGUGCAGUACUUGGAGAAAAUGAAGCAACUGGUGUUGUUCAUUGACAAAAAUUUGGAGGAGAAGGAAUCCAUUCGACUGAGCUUUUAUUCUCAACCCGAUGGUCCAGUGAUGGGUAAUGGUAGCUUUAAAUCCUCAGUUUUAAUUCCCGGAGCAAAAGAAGCAUUUUAUGUGGGCCCUCCGACAAAGGACAAGCUUCCAAAGCACACUCCUGAAGGAUCUGUCUUGUUAGGGGCUAUUUCUUAUGGGAAACUUUCAAUUGGGGUUCAGGAAGAGGGAAAAAAUCCACAAAAAAACCCUUCCUCAUACCAGAUAUCUUAUCGAGUUCCGCCGAAUAAGCUUGAUGAGGACAAGGGAAAAGGUUCUUCGACAACUUGCACCAAAAGUGUUUCAGAACGUCUAGAAGAAGAGGUACGGGAUGCCAAGAUAAAGGUUUUUGCCAGCCUAAAGCAAGGCACUGAUGAGGAAUGUUUAGAAUGGAAAAAGUUAUCCAUUUCUCUCAAGACAGAGUACCCUAAAUACACUCCCUUGCUUAGUAAAAUAUUGGAGGGUUUGCUACAUGAGAACAAUGUUGAAGACAAGAUACGCCAUUACGAAGAGAUUAUUGGUGCGGCAGAUGAGGUAGUUGAUAGUAUUGAUCAAGAUGAAUUAGCCAAAUAUUUUUCCCUAAAAAGUGAUCCAGAAGAUGAGGGUGCAGAGAAAACAAAGAAGAGGAUGGAUACUACCCGUGACCAACUAGCAGAAGCACUGUACCAGAAAGGAUUAGCUUUAGCAGAGAUUGAAUCCUUGAAGGGUGAGAAAGCUUCAGCCUUAGCUUCAACUAAAGGUCCAGAAGUAGUGGAUCGUACUGAUGAUCAAUCUGCACCAGACGCCGAUGUCCAGCAGGAUCCAUUUGAAGAGAACUUUAAAGAAUUAAAGAAAUGGAUAGAUGCAAAGUCUUCUAAAUAUGGCACCCUCUUAGUGACCCGUGAGAGGCGUAGUGGAAGGCUUGGAACUGCAAUGAAGGUGCUAAAUGGCAUGAUUCAAGAUGAUGGUGAGCCUCCAAAGAAGCAGCUUUAUGAACUAAAGCUUUCGUUGCUCAACGAGAUUGGAUGGGGUCAUUUGGUUGCAUACGAGAAACAGUGGAUGCACGUACGUUUCCCAGCAAGCUUACCUCUUUUUUAGGAUUUUGGUUAUUUCAUUCAAGGUCAUGUACCAGUACUGUUACUGCAGAACUAUGUUAGAUGCCAAUUCUUCUCUCAGUACUACUAGUUAGAAUAAAUUUAUAAUUCACUGCAGCUGUUGAAUUAGUUGUUGAAUUAGUUGUAAGUUGCAACAUUAGAUUAAUAGAGUAGGUU